CCCUUCCCAGCCUCCGCAGGGCCUCCCCAGCCCGGGCGUGGCGUUCCGGCGAGUCAGCGGUUUCUCCUCAGGACACCGAGGCGGAAGCCCCGAAGAGCGUGUGGGGCGGAGCUUCGCUCGCUGACUGAACGUCCGUCCUACGUGCUCGUUCGCCUCUCGACCGCUGCGCGCGAACCCCGUGUCCCCGCGGUGGGCGGCAGCGGCGGCGUCCGUGGAACUUGCUGGGGGCGGAGAGAGCCCGCGGCGGCAGCGGCGGCGGCGGUAGCGGCUUCAGCGAAAUGGCGGAGACGGUGGCAGACACCAGGCGGCUGAUCACCAAACCACAGAACCUGAAUGACGCCUACGGGCCGCCCAGCAACUUCCUCGAGAUCGACGUGAGCAACCCGCAGACUGUGGGGGUCGGCCGGGGCCGCUUCACCACCUACGAGAUCAGGGUCAAGACAAAUCUUCCUAUUUUCAAACUGAAGGAAUCUACUGUUAGAAGAAGAUACAGUGAUUUUGAAUGGCUACGAAGUGAAUUAGAGAGAGAAAGCAAGGUUGUAGUUCCCCCGCUCCCCGGGAAAGCAUUUUUGCGUCAACUUCCUUUUAGAGGAGAUGAUGGAAUAUUUGAUGACAAUUUUAUUGAGGAAAGGAAGCAAGGACUGGAGCAAUUUAUUAACAAGGUCGCUGGUCAUCCUCUGGCACAGAAUGAACGAUGUCUUCACAUGUUUUUACAGGAUGAAAUAAUAGAUAAAAGCUAUACUCCAUCUAAAAUAAGACACGCCUGAAAUUUGGCAGGAAGAGGCAAAAAAAAAAAAUCUGUGACCAUUCAUGAUUUCAUAUGCACCAGUGAAGAAGUUCAAACUAACUUAGCAUGCUGCACAGAACUGGUAUAACAUGCCUUCGGUAUACUAACACUCAUAUGCUCAGUUUUAUUUUGUUUUGUUUGGGCCGUUGACAAGAAGUUAAUUUGCUUUAGUGAAAAUCCCUCACUCUAGCCUUUCUCUAUAAAAGGUCUUGCUGUCUUCCUGCGGUGCACACUGUAGCCUCACAAAUCGUCCCAGUGUAAUCUUUGGUGUCCUGACUAAAGUUGCUGACUUUGUCUUAUUUGCCCAGAUUUUGUGUCAUGGUUGCUUCUUGAAUCUGAUUAACUCAAAUAUUUCUCUUUCCCCUCUCAAUAUGUAAUGUCACUUGAUCUGAUUUAUGUGUAGGAGCACUACACCCGCGUUUCCAGUGCCGCACAUGUAAGAUACACAUUGUGUGCAGAACAUAUCUUCCUCCUGGCCUGUACUUCCCCUCACAUGGAAGAUUAAAGAGGGAAAUCUUUAUAUUCUGUAUAAAAACAAAAUCAAAUUUAUAUACUAAGAUCAUUUGUCUAAAAAUUUAAGUUGUUUUCAAAUAAAAAUACAAAUGCAUUUCUGAUAUGCA